UGGAGCAGCGCUAGCCAGCAGUUUCCAACAUGGCUCUAGGGUGCGUGCGUUAUGUUUUGCUUGUAUGUUUGUCGUCUGCGCUGGCAACAUCCAAGUGUUGUUAAUGAGAGCAGUGAGAGAAAUUAAUUGUUGUGAUUUAGUCCCAGGCGGGGGGAAAUAUAUAAUUCAUUAUGCAGAAAGAGCCAGCUCUUGACCACCAACAGUUCGUCGGGCCUUACCGACUCGAGAAAACCUUGGGCAAAGGACAAACUGGGCUGGUGAAGCUCGGCACAAACUGCAUCACCGGCAAAAGAGUCGCCAUCAAAAUAAUCAACAGAGAGAAGCUCAGCGAGUCUGUGCUUCAGAAGGUGGAGAGAGAAAUAGCUAUUAUGAAACUGAUAGAGCACCCACAUGUGCUGGGACUCUACGACGUUUAUGAAAACAAAAAAUACUUGUACCUGGUUUUGGAGCACGUGUCUGGGGGAGAACUUUUCGACUACCUCGUCAAGAAAGGACGACUUACUCCUAAGGAAGCCCGUAGAUUUUUCAGACAAAUUAUUUCUGCUCUCGAUUUUUGCCACAGUCAUUCUAUUUGUCACCGCGACCUGAAGCCAGAAAAUCUUCUACUCGAUGAGAAGAACAGCAUCAGGAUCGCUGAUUUCGGGAUGGCUUCCCUGCAGCCGGACGGGAGUAUGUUGGAAACCUCGUGUGGGAGCCCGCACUACGCGUGUCCGGAAGUGAUCAGGGGAGAGAAAUACGAUGGCCGGAGAGCGGAUGUGUGGUCGUGUGGGGUUAUACUUUACGCCUUAUUAGUUGGAGCGCUGCCUUUCGAUGACGACAAUCUACGACAGCUGCUUGAGAAAGUCAAGAGAGGAGCCUUUCAUAUACCACAUUUUGUGCCCCCCGACUGCCAGGAGCUACUCCGGGGCAUGAUUGAAGUCAAUCCGGAGAAGAGACUUACGUUGGAGGAGAUCAACAAACACUCGUGGGUGAUCGCUGGGGGGAAGGGGGAGUUGGAGUUGGAGAGGCCGAUGAUGGAGGUAGUACAGACCCACAUCAUCCCCACCAGGGACCAGCUCGAUCCUGACGUCAUCAAGAACAUGGCGUCGCUUGGCUGUUUCAAAGACAGAGAAAAAGUUACCAAAGAACUGCUUGGCAACGCGCAUAACACGGAGAAAGUCAUUUACUUCCUAUUGCUGGACCGGAAGAAGCGACGACCAGCGUGUGAGGAUGAGAAUGACUUAUUACACCGGUUCACCCACCGUAGCGACACCCCCGACCCUCCCAGGAAGCGGGUAGACACCUGUUCAGUCAACGGCACCAUGAGUCACUUCGAUAGACUAGCUGAAGGCUCGCCUGUCACACCCAGGAGGCAUCUGGUCCAUCAGACCUCCCACACCCUCCCUACGAGCCGCAGCCGUUCCCGGAACAACAACAAUAACAACAACACGAGCAGUUCAGGCACUGUUGGUAGCACUCACUCCCCGCUGCACUCGAACAACGGCACCCCCAACGCAUCCCCAUUGUCAUCUCCCCGCACUCCACGACACCAUCACCAUCACCACGCUCACCACCAUCACCACUACAGCAGCCCACAUCACCACUCGUCCCCUGUAGGGUACGGUGUAGGGGGAGGACCAGUGCAUGUAACCUCCACGUCCCCUGAAGACAACAAUGAGACACCCUCUGCACCAGGUUCUCCCUACUCCGCCCCCUACUGGAAAUCAAGGCUAAACACCAUCAAAAAUUCCUUCUUGGGAUCUCCACGUUUUCAUCGAAAGAAACUGCAAGUACCAACGGACGAAGUUCACCUCACGCCGGAAUCGUCUCCGGAGCUGACAAAGAAGUCUUGGUUUGGGUCUCUUAUGAGCACCGAGCGCGACGAGACUUACACUAUCCUGGUGCGAGACAGGGCCUUAGCCAUCGUCAAGGCUGACCUCAUCCAUGCCUUCUUGUCGGUCGCCGAAUUGAGCCAUAGCGUCACGUCUCCCAUGAGCUUCCGACUGGAAUACAAGAGAGGCAACGCUGGACCGGCGGUCUUCCAGAGACAUGUCAGAUUCCAGGUUGACAUCACGGCAGUUUGCUCUUCCAAAGAACCUGGACAGCUCUUCGCUAUUAACUUCAUACUCCUCUCAGGUAAUAUUCGACGUUUCCGCCGCAUCUGUGAGCACCUGCAAUCGCAAGUGUGUUCGCGGCGCCCCCCGGCCUCCCCCCGCGUCGGGAGAAAAUUCACCACCGAGCUCUCCGAGUCAUCGUCCUGCGGCUCGGACACGUCUGAUCGACUGUCCCCUUUUACAACUCCGAUAAAACAGACUGGGGACAGCGACAUAGAAGGCGACUCGAACGAGGCCCCGGAAGCAGAAGAAGCCACCACGCCCCCUGAAGACAAAAUUUCUUCCGUCACAAAUGGCGCUCGAAGUUGUUCUGAUCCUGAAAGCCAACAGAUCAGUAAUAACGAGUCAAGCUAAUUAUUUAUUUUUCAUGAAAUCUGAGAUAAAAUGCUCUGCUCUCUCUCAGUCACAGAAGCGGAAGGUUGGGACUAAUCAACUUUAAAACCUCACACGAUCGCAGUACGAUUUCGCGGUGAGUCCGCAUCCAUUUUUCACGUCGGAUCAAAAUUCAAAGCAAGAACCUCACAUCGCACAUUAAAGUAGAGCUCCAAGAAUACAAGAAUAUCCUCUUGCUCUGGCCCAGGUGCAAUCUCUAGUGAACAUUAAAAGUAAAAACUUUUGGAGGGGUGUGAAGGUGAAGCUUCAAACCACUCUUCAAAAGAGAUGUUCAAUCUAAAACAGAAUUUGUGUUUAGUGCCUUUGUGGACACAGAGCAAAUACUCUUGAAUCAUUCACCAAAUUAUGAUAAAUAUUUCUGAUAAUAGGACAAAAACUCAUGCUAACUCGAAGGCCGAUCACCCAGGUGUGCAAUACUCACUUUAAUAUUUUACUUUCUGAGUCUAUAAUUUUAAUUUGACUGGAGAUUAACCGUUAGUGAGAUUACGAACGACCAGUGGGGAGUGCGCAAGACUGUGAUGCUGUGGUUAAAAUGGUCGUGGUUCUUUAAGCAUUUGUGCAUGCAUCUGUCCAAUUGUACAAUUUAAGGCUUGUUGGAAUAAUAACUUUCAAGGCGUAUAAAGGCUUUGAGAAUAUCUUGAACCAUGCAGAUAAGGAAGUGCAAUUUGUAAUUUAAUUUUAAGUUUACUAAAUGUUGUUUUGAAAAUGGAUGUUAAAUCACUUUCCAAUGAUUUCCAGGUUAAUUUUCUUACGAAUGAUACACAGGAAUUAAGAAAGUUUUGAUAUUGGAUAAAAAUUGAUCGCAAGCUCCUGAGAAUAUAUACAAUGUAAAGGAUUUUUAGAAAAGUUUUACCAGGACGAGUUUUUCUCUUGUUCCAGUUUGAGUAAAACUUAAUUGACCAGUAUCACAACAGAAAACUUUCAGCUAAAUUCGUAUCACUGUCUCAAAUUCGUCCCUACUAUUUUCUACUGAAUAACAAUCCGAACUGAAUAACAGUCUUAAUAUUUUAGUCAAUGUGCGAAAGCGCUCAUUUAAGGCUGGAAACUCACUUGAUACUGUGUUAUUUUUGUUUAUUAUAUAGAAAUAAAUCCGUUAUAAUGCGCUACACGUUGGUACUGUAAAUUGUUCAAUUGGCUUGCGUAUAAUUGGAACUAUAACUAUAACCAUUUGCUCUGUAUAUAUAUAGAAUUUUUUUCGUCUUAAAACGCUUCAACUUCCAAAAGUCCAGUUUCAUUUUGUAUCGCAGUUGCUCACUUCAUAGAACGUUAUAUGCUUCCCUGUGUAUCGUCUCGCUUGUUGCAAUGCUCAUCCUUUUGUACUUGUACUAUAAAUUGGCUGCAGAUUGUGCCAUGUUUAGAGAUCUGCAUGGUAUUUCACCAAAACCUGCAAAUCAAAUCCCCCAAUUUCCAGAAUUUCUGAAGAACAGUUCGCAGUAAAUGGUCUUGUGCCUUGCUUGGCUGCAUCCAUUGAUUCUGAUAAUCCAUUAAAAAUUUAGUGAUUUCCGAAAUAAAAGCCAAUUGGCUUCUUUAUGCCGAUAAAUUUUUAUUUCGGGAUGCAAGAUGUAAUGGAGCGUAACAGCGUUAACUUUAAUAAAGUUGAUGCAUCCAUUAAAAAUGCUCUCUAAAACAUAAAGUAAAUCCCUGACUGAGGGAGCAUAUGGGAAUAAAGAUAUCCGACAUUUUGAAGGUCCAAAAAACACAAGGCAUUGAUCGAUCUGUAAUAUGUGCAUGUCGUCUGCAAAUGAGCUUUUACACGAGCGUCCAUGUUUGUGCACUUUUCUGCGUUGCACUCCAGCCUUUUAUAUUAACUCUGAAUUCCUUAAUAAAGUGUCGUCACCUUGUGCUUUAUAAAACCGAGAUUAGGCGCCUAUAUUUUGCUUACGUCUGUCGUGUCAAGUGCUUCUAUAAAUUAAUAAGCUAUGAUUUAACCCACUACCGCCAGAUACAUUAAAAAUACAUACAGUAUACAUACUAAAAUUAACAAUUUAACUUAAAAAGUAGCGUUGCCUUUUCAUUUGAAUGGUGAGUGGCAACGCCAGCAAAUAAUACAAUAUGAUAUAUAUGAGGAGGAAUUUCUUAUGCAAAAUUUACUAAAAUGAAUUGAGCGGUGGUUACAAGUGCUUUUGCGAGGUUUCGUUCACGAGUCAAUGUUUUUCAUCCUAAUUUAGUUAAAAUCACGGAUGGCUUUGGUCAUUGAGGAAUUGAUCGGAAAAAAGUGUUUAUUCCAAAAUCAAUAAUUUUUUGAACACAGGCAAUACUAAAAAUGA